CGUAGGUUUUAAUUUUUAAACAAGUGCGCUCAAAAGUGUUUGGAUAGGUGUGUAUUAUGUGUGGUAAGUACAUAUAUAAAACAAUUUUAAUUUAAUUUGAUUUUUAAAUAAGCUUUGGAUUAUCUGUUUCCGUUUCUUAUUUCAGCUUGACGAAAUUUAGAUUUGAAUUAUUUACCAAGAACCUAAAGGUUAACUUAAAUCUUUUUCUAUAUUAUAAUAUAAUCUUUAUAAUCAAUAGUAAAAGAUAAGCAAACAAAUUUCUAAAUACUGAACAAAUAAUGUUAAUGGUUUAUCCGUAACAAAACGGAAACGUGUGAAGUUUAGUAUUCAAUAUUCAUCACGGCUAUAGAUAUGUUAUAUGAUAUAGUUUAUCUAUAGCCGUGGUAUUCAUGUGGUGUCUAUUAUCUAAUACCUAUCUUGUUCUCGAUAUUUCCGAUAGUCUAAAAUCUUCAAAUUAGCAAGUCAUUGUCCAUAUUAUGCAUAUCAACGGCGUCACUAUCGUCCUGCACGUCAUUAUCAGUAUUCCUAAAUUUUUAUCACUCAGCCAUUAAUCAUUAUUAUAGUUUAACAUAAUCAUUGCCAAUUGGUUUUGUGCAACUAAUAUUUCAAUUAGUUUUGUUUUAAUAUUAAUUAAAAUUUAACUCUUAAGUUUAGAGUUGACUACUUGACCCUGCCUUACUUUUUAGUUUAAUUACGACUUCAGAUUGGAAAUAUGGUUCAUUUAAGUGGUAAGUUUUUAGUUAACAUAACUGUGUAACAUUUGUUUCCUCGAGUAUCAUUUUUUGUAUAUAAGGUUUAAAUUCUAUAUUAUCGAUACUUUAAAAAAUGAUUGAAAUAUGGUUCAGUGCACUGUUUUUCCGAUUUUGAACAUCGAUUUUUGUAUUGAUAAACUGUAUAUUUACGGUUAGUUCAAUGUUAAAAUGUUUGUAUAAUAACUGUUGUUGUGUUUAUUACAUUGUAAUAAUUUACAAUAUUGAGAAAAAAUUAUGUAAAAGUUUUUUGGGCAUUUGUGUACAUUUCCUGUCUACUUGUAAUCCUAAAUCAUACCUAUCUGCUUCUAUAUUAAUAGCCAUACUAUUUGUGGUAUCGGAAACAUUGACAAGAAAUGAUGUACAUAAUAUUUUAGAUGAUCGUAUUUACAUUGUGUUCAAAAAAAUUAUGAGAGCAGACUGGUAAUAUAAAUCAUUUUCAUUGUACCAUUUAAUUUAAAUCUGUAUAUUUACACAUUCUUAGAAAUGUGUAAAAUACAUUGUUUACUUAACAAUACAAAUUAUGAUAAAUAAAAUUGUAACAAAUUUUGACUAAAUGGUUCAAUAGCACAGUUCAUAUACCGUGUAGAUAUUUUUAAAAUCCUUGUUUAUAAGAAACCGAUUCUGAAUGUUGAAAAUGCUUUAUACAAACAAGGUAAUUUUCAAUUGUUGCAUAAAAAUCAACAAUUGUCUAUAAACUGAUCACAAUUCAAAGUCUAAAAAUCCAACUUAAAACUUAUGUGAAAGUUUUCAAUAUCCAGAACAUUAAAAUAUGUUUGCUUAAUCGUCAAAUGUUUUUCUUUAAUGUUGACAGACACUGUGUACUCAUUUUCGCAGCAUCAUUUUUAAAAACUGGCCUUACACUUAAGAAAUGCUACUUGGAUCAUUAAUAACUAUUUUUUUUUUUUUAGAAGCUCAAGAAACGCUUAAGAAAUACAGAGAAGAUAAUGAACGAAAGAGUAAAGAAGUAUUAAAUUUAUGGGAAUCGUGUGUUAAACAUAAAAUUAAACAAUUAGGGAAUGAUCGUAAGUUCUAUUAAUAAUUUACUAUACAUACAAAUAUUAAUUUCCUAAUACAAAUCAGUAAAAUUAUAGAAUCAUUAUAAAAAUUAUAUAGUAGGUGUUUAUAGAUAUAAUUUGUAAUUUUAUUUUAACAUUAUUUUAUGUUUAAAGAUUAUAUUCAUUAUAUUGGUGGGCUUAGUUGAGUUUUUUUUUCUUUCCUAUUUGCGUUUAAUAUUCACUAAAAUUCAAAUUGUUCAAUAUUAUCUAAUAUUUAUGUAUAAUUUUGAGUUAUUAUGCUUUAAAUAUUAAGGUUAAUAAACUUAUGGGGUUUGGAAACUGACUGCUUUUUAGGAAUUGUGUAUAGACUGUCUUUUUUUGAAUCAUGUAUUUAUCAAAAACUGGUUUUAUGUCAUUAUACUUGAGUAUUCAAUGUAGAAUAACUUAGGUAAGAGUUUUUUUGUUUAAAAAUCAUUAAGCUCAGACUAUAAAAAAAAUAAAUUAAGCAGAAAUUUAAUUAUGUUAUCAUAAUAAUAAUUAAUAAUACUUAUAAUACAGUGAAAACUGUCAUAACGGAUAUAAUAACAAAGUUCCGGAAAAAAGAUAGGCAUUCCAAUGUAUUUUGACUUGUCUAUAAUGGACUCUCUCUAUUACAGACAUGGACAGUAAUAUUUUAAGUUAAUACCUCGAUAAUAGGGAACAAUAUUAGUUCAAAAUCAAAUAUAUUGCAAAUGUGUAUCAUGUACAUUAUACUUAAAUAUCACACAGCAGCAUCACUAGUCCAUUUCGAAUACCGAUUAUAAUAUAUUAUAUGUAUGAUAAUAAGGAUAAAGUUAAUUGCAAGCAUGAAAAUAACCAAAAAUACAUAUAAAACGUAAAGAUUAUUCAGUGUGGGACUUUUCUGAUGGGAAAUUUAAUGGUUGGUCUGGGGAAAGCAUCCAGGAAAACAAAAAAAAAUAUAAACAAGGUUUUUAGUAUAAGAACCACCCUGUAUAAAGUUUACACAUUAUAUAUAUUAUACAGAUUAUUAUGCAAGUAUAAGACAUAAAUCAAUUAAUUUCAAGAUAACAUGUAGCUUGUCCACAAAAUACCUCUAAAUAAUUUUGUUCAAUUUAUGACAUUUGUUGGUAUUCUACCGAGAGAAAUUCCCUUAAAACCUUUAUUGGGUUAAGAUAGAACUGUAUUAUAAACUACUUUCUGUCUCAGACGUCUAUCUCUAAAGAUAGGAUUUGCCUUUAAAAUUUAAAAUAAUUUAAUACUUUAAUUUGUCUUUUUUUUUCUGACUACUCUUUUACGAAAAUACUCGUCAAUAACGGACAUUUUUUAUGGUUUCACUGUAUAUAGAAAUCAUUCAUAAUAUACACUAAUUAUUCAACAAUUUGUAUUAACUUUCCGUAAAAUAAAUAUUAUUAAAUCAUGUGUGUUUAAAAUAUUACAAAUUUGAAAGCCAAAAGUUUCAAACCAUUAUUAAAUAAUUAUAUCAAAAUCGUUUAAUGAAUUUAAGACUUAUUAAAAUUAAUAAAUAUUGUCUACAAAGCCAAUAAAUACAUUAAUAAGAAUUAAAUAAUAUCAUUUGUUUUAGAUUCUGAGUGGAGCGAAGAUGCUUAUAGUUUUACAAAGAUUUUAUUUUGUUUUUUUAUUUGUGCACAACUUUUCUACCAAAAAACUUGCUCAGAUUUCUAUGUGUUGCAUCUCUUCUGAAAAGAAAUUUUCAUGUGGAAGCACUCUAGACAGGUCAUUUUUCGAUUUUCUCAGGAGUUUUCUCAUCAAAUUCAAAAACCGAAAAACGGGAAAAUUUUUUUUUCUGUUGACAACUUUUUUACCAGUAAUUUUACUUCAAAUUUUAAUAUAGCAAUGUUUCUGAAAAGAAAUUUCACUAGUGAGGUAUUUAAGAAAGGUCAUUUUUUGAUUUUCUCAGGAGUUUUUUCAUCAAAUGUGAAAAACCAGGAUAAAACAUUAGAAAACUGGUAAAAUCGGUACAACACUAAUUAAAUAUCAUUAAAGAAACUAUAUACAUUCCAUUUAAUUAUUUUACUAUAAAAUGACAUAUAUAGUUGACAAAGUACCACUCACUAUCAACUGAACUCCGCUCAGAAUUGUCUUUUCUUAAGAAAUGGUUUAUUGUUGCUUACAGAUAUACAUUAUAUUAUCUAUAACAGUGGCUGCACCUGUUCCCAUUAUUCUAGAACAUAUUUUUUAUAAUGCAUUUUUUGUGUAUGUUCAUAGUAAUUUAAAAAAUAAAUUAUCAAAACUUUUAAUUUUAUUAAAACAAAAAAAUUGUUUUGUUACAGGUUAUUUAGUUUUGGAGCAAGUAUUAAUAGCGGCAUGUGAUUGUAAUCGUAUUGAUAUUGCUAAAGUUUGUUUACAAAUGCUUCGUGAUAAAUUCCCUGACAGUCUGAGGGUGCAGAGACUUUCUAUAACAAUAUUGGAAGCUGAAGAAAAGUAAUUUAAUAAUAUUUAUUAAAUUAAAAAAAAAAAAAAAUAUGUAUAUAAUAUUUCACAAGCAGUAUUUCAAGAAUACGAAUUAAUUAAUUAAAUGAAUUGAUAAUCAUGUUACAUUGAAUUUUUUUUUUUUUAUUACAUUCCGUUAUUACUUUUUUGUUGUACACCAAUACCAUGCCAUACGCAAUAAAAAAAAUCUUUAAACCUACUGUUUCAUAAUGUAUAUCUGUGUAGUAAUAAAUUUUAUAAAGAGAAUUUUAAAUAUUCAACAAAUAUUAUGUAUAUUAGAUAUGAUGAAGCAUUAGAAGCUCUUGAUAAACUAAUCAAGGCAGAUGAAACCAAUGCCCAAACCAGAAGACAUAAAGUGGCAAUAUUAAAAGCUAAAUGUCAGAAUAUUGAAGCAAUAAAAGAACUUGUUGAAUACCUUAAAAAGUAUAUAAUUAAUUAUUUAUUUAUAAUAGGUAGUAAUAAACAUAUUUAUUAUUUUAAUAAUAGGUUUAUGGUAGAUCAAGAAGGUUGGCAAGAAUUGAGCAAUUUAUACUUGUUGGAAGGGGAAUAUGCAAAAUCUGCAUAUUGCAUGGAAGAAAUGAUUCUACAUAAUUCUCAGAAUCAUUUAUAUCAUCAACGGCAUGCUGACAUACGAUACACACAAGUAUUGAAUUAUAAACUUUAAACUAAUUAUAUAUAUUUAUAUGAUUUAUUGUAUUAAAUAUAUUUUUUAGGGAGGUACAGACAAUUUUGAAUUAGCUCGUGCUCACUAUUCAUAUGCUAUACUUUUGAAUCCUAAUAAUGUCAGAGCAUUAUAUGGAUUAUAUUUGGUAAGAAUAAAUAUAUAAUGUUCAUUUAAAAUGUAUACUAACUAAGUCAUUUUAUGUGAAUUAAAUGUGUAUUUUAAGAGAAUAAAGUUAUUAUCCUCGUUGAGUGUCAAACUUUGUUAAGUACACAAAUAUAAAUGUGUCAGAGUUAGGGUGGGCAGUCAGUUAUAAUCUCAAUAAAUCAAAUAAUCCACCAAUUUAAUACUUAAUAGUGGAGUAAUAUAGAUGUUAAACUUAGAAAAAAAUGUGUUGAAAGUUUAAAUUUAAUUACAAAAUAUAUAUUUUAAAAUAAAAAACUAUUGUAAUCAUUUAAUUAUAGUGUAUAUAAAAAAAAAAUGUAUAAUUUUUAGACAGCUCGUAGUUUAAUGUCAACACAAAAAAGUAACCAAACCAAGAAAGCUACAUUUAAGAAAAUUGCUACAUUGUCAUUAAAACGAGUUGAACACAUGUACAGGUAAAUAAUAAUUCCUUUUUAUUUAUUAUUACAUAAUAAGUAAAUAAUUUAUUUCUGUUUUAGUGAGAAAAAACAGUUAAACAAGAAAAAUCAGCUUUAUGUUCUUGAGACAUUAAUGGGAUCAUUGCAUUUGAGUUUAAAUUAAAUAAGAUAUAAUGUUGGUGUAAUCAUAAUAUUUUUACUUCACAAUUAUUUUUGGCAUUUAUUAAGAUUAUGUGAUAACGUAAAAAUAAAUUCUUCAGCAAGUCUAAAAACAUAUUCCAUGUUUUCUUCUAUUUUGGUUUCCCUAUAUUGUUUAUUUAUUAAUAUAACUUUUUAGACUGGUUAACUGACUAGUGUUUUUAAAACCUUUAAACAAUAAAGCUGUUGUUUUUUAAUUUGAUAGCAAAAAAAAAAAAAAAUACAAAUAAAUUUCAGUACUUUUCUAGAUAAUAAAUACUAAUCAGCCUCAAGUAAAAGAUAAAAUGACUUAAAUUUGGUCCUCUAUUCUCAUGUAAUAAAUUUUUCACUGCCCUUUAGAAAAUGUUUAUUUGCAUUAAUAUUUUGUUUCAAUUGCUAUAAUUGUGCGAUAAAUUUGUAAGUGUACACUUACGAACAAAAUUAUAAUGUAAUUUUUAAUAAUGUAUUACAUGUAUUUAAAUAUUUUCACAAUUUGUUUAUUAUAGAAUAUUAAAAUAAUUUGAAAUGUUUAUACAUAUAUUUAUACUUUUUUUUUGGUAAUGCAUUAAUUUUAUAAAAAUCAAAAACAAUGACUUAUUUGUUAUCCAAAAACUAGUUUUCAUAAUAAAAUUAAUUAUAAUUUAUAAAUAUUUAAUAAUUUUAACUACUUACCUAUUUAAUUUAGAAUAAAACUGUAAAUUAUAAACAAUAGUUUAUGCUGCUGUGCUAAGCAGAUAAAUAGUAUCUCCAUCUAACUAAAAUGUCAUAAAAAUCAAUUGAAUAGUUUUAAACACAAAGCUGAUCUGUGCACCACGUAUAAUUAACAUUAAAAAUAGACCCCUAUGUAGUAAUUUUAUGUCAUAGAAUUGACUUUAUGAACUUGUCAAUAUUUUUGUUUAUUCCUUGUCUAUUAAAAUGGACUUACACCUUAUUUGUUAAGCACUAUCGGAAAUAAAAUAACAGUUAAUUAAUUUCUAA